CAGCAACAAAGGCGUGUUAGAACUACUGGGACUAUUUGCCGAAAGGGCAUGGACGCUUGUGGUUUUUAACGUAGAAUGCUUUGGUCUUUUAAGUAGUCAGAUAUGUGAAUACCGUGAAAAGACAAAAAUAACUUCCUCUGAUCUAUUCAAUGAUUGGGAUGAUGUAUGUCUCUUUUUGUACGGGGACUGGGAAAAUAUAACAACGAUAUGUGAAAAAGUAAAUCAGCGCCUCGAUAUUGUCAUUAAAAUACAGCAAGCAGAAAACCAAAUUGUCAAAUUCGAGAAGCAAUCCAUUUUAAAAGUUCCAAACGGAAUUCAGCAACUUGUUGAUUCACUAAAAAAGUUCCAUUAUAACGAGCCAUCCAUGUGUCCAAUCAACAGCAAAAUGACUCACAUACAAGACGUGAUCACAAAAUUCAACAACAGGGCCAUUUUUUAUGAUGGAGAGAUAGUACCCACAUUCGAUUAUUUAGAUAGUUUACGCUUAAAGGUGGCAAAGGAGUUUGUUUGUUUGAGUACCAUAUAUAGCCUCAUUUUUACUAUGGGAAUAGCGAUGGCUGAUAUCAGAACCAUUAGAAAUUACUUGGCCGUGUUGAUAUGUCUUUCAGUAAAUUAUUAUGCAAUUUAUUCAUACGAUCGUGAAAAACAGGAACCAGUUAUUAUAGAUCACCAGCCAAAUACAACAUGCCAAUCUGUCAAUCCCAUUACUUCACACACAAAUAGUUUGAUAGACGGUACAAUUGAAUUUUUACAGGAAUUAAGAGAUCUGACAUGGGAGGUUGAUAUUCAACUUGCUGAUAUAGAUGCACAAAUACUACAUUGUUCAUCACAAAGUUUAGAACUGAUCGAAAUGGUAAAAACGCUACAGAAAACUUUUAAACGAAUUCAGUGUCUGGCGUAUUCCAACCAAGUUACAGCAAAAAGCAUACUAAUGGAAAGCAACCCGCUUAUAAACAUUCCUGAAUAGAAUUUAUUUUAUUCUAAUAAAAUCACUUUACCAC